AUGACCGAUCAAAAUGAUUUCCAAUCGACACAGUCGAGCAAGACACGAUCCAGCCAUGUUGCUACUGCUUCAAUGGAUGAGACCAGGGAAAGAAGCCGAGCGCUGAACCAGAAGCUAGAUUUCGCUCUUCUUCCUCUGCUGUCUCUCCUGUACCUCUUCAAUGGACUUGACAGGGGCAAUGUUGGCAAUGCCGAAACACAAGGAUUUACUACCGACAUAGGGGCAGAACCUGAUGACCUUAAUGAGGCGGUGUCCUUGUUCUUUGUUACCUUUGUUGUCCUCCAGCCUGUUUCUGCCGCCGCUGGCCGUUACAUUGGGGCACUUAUUGCUACACGUUUGCUCAUUGGAGCCUUUGAGGCGGGAUUUUAUCCCACAGCUGUGGCAUAUCUCUCAUUCUUCUACCCACGAUAUGAUUUCUGUGUCAGACUUGCCCUUUUUUAUGGACAAUACGCAAUUGCUGGCGCCUUCUCCGGCUCAAUAUCAUACGGAAUCUUCCACCUCCGUGGCGGCCGCCUCAAGAACUGGCAGUACCUAUUUCUAAUUGAAGGGGCGCUGACUUGCUUCUUUGCCAUCGUCGCCUGGCUAUGGCUACCUAAAGGCCCGGGUUCUGCCUGGUUCCUUCGACCAGAUGAACGAGAGCUUGCCGUCGAACGAAUGAAACAAGAUAAUGCCGAAUUUGUCGAGCACGAAUACAGUGAGGAUGGCAUAGAGAAAAAUCGGUUGAGCAAGAGGGACUUUAUCGAAACGCUCAAGGAUUGGAAGCUCUGGACUGUCCUGGUACUCAACGUCUGCGCCAGUGUUCCCAGCAGCGCCUUCUCGGUUUUUCUGCCCCUGGUUGUUCAGGGGUUGGGGUACGAGUCUAUUCUCGCAAACUUGAUGACGGUUCCUCCAUUUGUCUGCGGCGCUCUUGGCCUCUAUAUCUUUGCCCUGAGCUCUGAUCAUCACAAGGAGCGAGGUUAUCAUAUUCUGGGUGGUUUGCUACUCGGAAUUGUUGGCCUCGUCCUUACCGUCACGAUCUCCUCGAACACCGGGCAGUACAUAUCACUAUGCGUACUGCUCUCGGGCGUAUACAUUUCUGCUCCCCUGACUAUGGCCUGGCUCAGUGGCAACACACCAGAACCUGGCAAGCGGGCUCUUGUACUUGGCGUGAAUGGAUUCGGUAAUCUUGGAGGCGUGAUCGGUGCACAAUUAUAUCGACAGCGUUACAGGCCCGACUAUAAAUUUCCAUUCUACGUCACGCUCGGCUUUCUGGCCAUCGCGCUGGUCGGGUAUGUAUCAUACCGAUUCAUGCUUGCAGCAGUCAACAAGCGCAAGAGGGCGAUAUUAGACACGAUGACACCUGAAGAAAUCGAGAGCGAGAGACUCAAUGACCGCCGCUACGCAGACAAGAAGUUCACUUUCAUGUAUGGACUGUGA